AUCGCGGAACCGUGGGAGAAGGAAUUCAUCGACUUGGUGUUUCAUAACGACAUUCCCAAGCCUGAAGGACUCGGGACGUAUGCCAUGGCAGCGCGAAGCUAUCGAGACGCGGUGGGGCAGAUGCUGGCGAAGAACAUGCCGCUCUUCGCCAUGGGAUUCAUCUCCAUCACCGUCUUCGUGACCCUGAGCAUGGGGAAACUGAACCUCCUGCAGCACAGGGUUCUUAUCGGUUUGGAGUCCCUUUUGGCAAUCGGAUUGACCAUCCUGAGCACGUUCGGGCUGUGCUUUUACCUGGGCCUGCCGUAUUACGACCUUCACAGCAUCAUGCCGUUCCUCAUUCUCGGGAUCGGGAUCGACGACACGCUCGUGGUCGUCCAGAGCCUGGAGAACGUGAUCGCGGCGGACGCGAAGUGGACGCCGGAGGAACGGGUCGCCCUGGCGCUGAAGCAGUCCGGCGUGUCCAUCACGAUCACGACGCUCACGGACAUCUUCGCGUUCUGCAUGGGCGCGACGACCGCCGUGCCGAUGCUCCGGAGCUUCUGCAUUUCCACCGCGGUGGGAAUCUCCAUCAUCUACGUCAUGACCCUUCUGCUGAUGGUCCCGAGCAUGGCGCUGGACGAGAGGAGGAAGGACAACCAUCGGGAGGGCUGCCUCUGCAUCCCGCUGCCGAAAACGUACAAACCAGCUCGGUGCUCGCAGUGGCAGGUUCUUCCGACGCUCUUCGAGAAAGUUGUCGGUCCUGCCCUCUCCAAAACUCCAAUCAAGGUAUUGGUGAUCCUGACUACUUUCUCCCUGUUGGGUCUGAACGGCUGGAAAAUGACCCAAUUGGAAAAGGCCUCCGACCGGUAUUGGUACCUUGGUCCCGGAUAUCUAAAGGAAUUCAUCGUCGUCUUGGAGAGCAUCUUCCCGGAAAGCGGCUACCGAGGCGCCUUUUACCUUGAGAAGCAGCAAGGCUUCGUUGAUGUCCGAGAAGUGUUGCAGAAUGUAGUAUUCCAGCACAGUAAUUCCUUCCGUGGUUCCUACGUACGUGAAUAUCUCCACACCGAGGCCAACAGAGUCGUAUCAGACGAGUUACCGAGGAACUUGGGGUUCACCUUGGUUGGGGUCUUCGUCGUCAUCCUUCUCCUGGUCGGGGACCUGCGCGUCUCCGUAUGGGUCCUGUCGUGCAUCCUCCUCACCCUCGUUGGGAUCGCUGGGAGCAUCCAGCUGUUCGGACUGACGAUCGAGCUGCUCACGUGCAUUCUCACCAUCUUGUCCGUGGGGCUUGCGGUUGACUAUUCGACCCACGUCGCUCACAGGUUCAUGGUCACCCAUGCCGACUCCAAAAAUGAUCGGGUGAGGAUCACACUGACGAGCAUUGGCCCUCCAGUGUUCAACGGAGGUUUCACCACUAUGUUGUCCUUCGUUUUCUGCUGGUUUAGUGACAGCUAUAUCUUCAUUAGCAGUCUCGAGGUCAUGUGGGCCUCGGUCUUAUACGGACUCUACCACGGUCUCAUUUACCUUCCUGUGAUCUUAAGCUGGUUCGGACCCGAAGCCUUCCAAGAGGUUCUGCAUGAUAAGAGUGCAAACAAGUCCUCGCCUGCUAUCGAGGAUUCUUGUCGCAAGAAUUCUUUCCCCGAUCAGUCUUAUCCUGACGAGUUCAGCUUCUCCUCGAGGGUAAGCGAAGCGUCACCCAUUGAGAAAACACGUGGAAAGCAUUCCAUCCAGUCCUCCCUUCCGCAGACGGUGCCGAACCUCCACCUGGGCAUAUUCCGGAGCAGCGGCAAGUACCCGUUGGAUGGAGGAGGGUCGGAGGAAGGGAAACAGCGUUCCCAUGUGCCGAUCGCCGUGACCCUGCAGCCAAAGAAAUCCCUGGAGAUGUACACGAGACGACCCUCCACUUGA